AUGCCUAGAUACUCGCGAACAGAUGAACUCAGUGGCCCCAUCGCGGAGACCGGUGCGCUCAUUGCCAGAGAUAACUAUGUGGGGCCGGUUCGUUGCCUUCCUGUAGAGAUUUUGUCUAGAUGCUUCCACUUCCUGGCCGCCGCGGACCCUCCUGUCUACACCAUCUAUACUGGAGGGAGCGUGUUUCAACCGACAGAGAUUGCGCUCGGAUGGAUUAAGGUCACCCAUGUAUGUCGUCUCUGGAGGCAAGCUGGCAUCGGGGACGCCAUUCUCUGGCGAAAUCUCUCAUAUUUUGCAAUGAGGCGCAUCUGCUUCGAGACGAUACUCCAACGAACCAAGGCCGUCCCGCUUUCGAUCACUUACAGGCGACCGACCCUACCAUUUGCAGAACCCCAUUCUUUAAGCAGACUGUUUGACGUCGAUCGCCAGCGAAUCCGUUCGCUGCACAUUUAUGCAAGCUCAACGAAACGGCUGGUCGAUACGCUCCGGGAUCCGUUUCCGAGCCUCGAGUCACUUUUUGUGUCCUUUUCUGCUGUGAACGAGAGCGAUGAGGGGUUCGAUGGGAACGAAGUCGAUGGGAUUGACACGGACGAUGACCUGGACCAAUAUAGGAACGAUCUAGAAGACUUACCUGCUACCUACCCAGGCUUAUCAUCGCCAGUCUCCUGCAUCAAGACCUUGACCCUCGUCGGGUUUCCCUUCCCAAAAACACCGUUUCGCUUCGCUCCUCAGCUCACGAGUUUGGUUAUCUCGCUUCCGGUUCGAUAUAACAGCCACUUUGUCCACUGGUCCGCUCUCUAUCCCAGCAUGGAGGAGUUCGUCGAGGUGCUAAAGGGCACACCCACUUUGACCACUAUCGAUUUUCGCCACUGCACGCCACAAGACUUUGUCCACGCUCCGCCCGAGACCGUGCCACGAGAAAUCUGUCUUCCUAAUCUCAGGAACGUGACGUUGAUAGCCACCCGUGAUGGCUUGAACUCCAUGUUGUCGUUCAUCAAAGUUCCUAAUGCUAGGCUACGGGUGGGACUCUAUGGGCUUCCUGACGACGUCGAAGAACACCUUUCCGCUAUCUUCGCCGCCAUAAAAUAUUCCGCUUGCCGUGAUAUUACGGCUUUACGUUCACUCGACAUCUACAUCGAGAUGUACAAGCAGCGCCCGCGCGUCGUUGUCUCCAGCUCACCUGUUGUCUCGUGGAAUCUGAGCCAUGACCCAGACGAACUCUUCGCUGACCACCAAACCGGCACGACAGGCUUCGAUAUCGACAAGCGCGAACCGGAGUUCGCUUUCGGCUUCCAGCUGGCAGGUACCAGCGCAGUGCCUCUACUCACGACCGUCAUAAACGUUAUGAAAGCCUUCGACCACACCGCCGUCGAACAUCUCUCGAUUCGACACUCGAAACAGUGCGAUACUAGGUCUGAUUUGCGAAGUAUCAGGCAAUUUUGGUUCUACCUGAUAAGGGGCAUGAUCAACCUUCGUCACCUGUCCAUCCAACACUUCGUGUUGGAUUCCCGGAUCCUGCAGAUGCUUUUGCUUCGGUGUGCUGACUGGGAGAGACAGAUGCUCGGCGUCCAGUCUAGUCCGAGAAUGAUCGAAGAUGGUGAUGCCUCGAAAUUGCAUCUCCCCAAGCUCUCUACCUUGGAGUUCGUCGACGUAGAGCUGAUGGCGGAGGUGGCGGAACUGACGAGGAUACUGGAGCUGCGUAGAAAUCUCGCCGACGAGGAGGCUGGUGCGAAUGGUGUGUUGCAGAAGAUGGCGCUCAGGGAGUGCAGUCUUCCCUGGACUAAAGAUUUGCGUGGUCUGAAUCAAUUGCGCGGACUGGUUGUUGAGGUGGUUUUAGGGAACGUAAAGAAGGAGCCCUUAUGGGCGAGAGAACUACUUUGUGACCCCCAAUUCCGCAGAUGGUGA